AUGUUGCAUCAUGGCACAUGCCUUUAAACAAAAAUACACUUAAAUUAUACUUAAGUUGAGAAAUUCCGUGAAAUUCCGAGGAAAUGUCGCAUAUUACCAGUACCAUAAAAUACAGCAGCAAUUGGCAGUCACAAUCUUUGUUAUGCUGAGCAGCAACGACAAACCAACCACAAUGCACACUGAAGGAGAUCUUCUAUUUAUGCUGCCUGUGACAGGAUCAAGUAUCAUUGCAGACACCAACACCUGCUGACCCUAUUGUAUUUGAAUUUUGGAUGUUAAAGUUCAAAUGAACACGAGUUGCAUAGAGCACUGAAUGAUGGUGCUCCCAUUGUUUUUGUGUUGAAAUCUAUGGUAUAGGCCUAUACCUGAACUUAAACCUUAUAUAACCACAUAGAAGUUGCCGUUUUAAAAUAAGAUCGCGCAGACAACCAGUCAAGUGUUUGUAUUUUCGGUUGCAUUUCGACCAAUCAGCGCUGUAGAAGGGAACGUCGAGGAGCGACAGCUUCACUGCAGUGCAGUUUCACUGGCCAACCAGUAGCCAGCUAGCUAAGUUCUGUAGCUACACUUCAGGAAAUAUGGAUGAGGUGAUGAUACAAGUUCACGGUAGUACAUCGCACCCCCUUUCCAUGGGCCCGUAACCAUGUCCACAGAUGACAGUAUAUCUGAGGACGUGUCCACCUCCGGUGCUCUGAGCCACUGCCAUGCCAGUGCGGACGGGGAUGGAGGCAAGGAGAGCGAGAUCUCCUGCGUGUCGUCCGAGGGGACGUCGGCCUCCUGCCUUGCUGGACUGGAGGACGGACACACCCGUCAUCCCAAAACAUCAGAAAGAGGCGAAGUGGGGAGUCGGCCCAUGAACAUCUCACCAGCAUGCGACAAGAUAAGGAGUCUGUGUCUGAGCACAGAGGAGGCGUUCGACCAGGGGAAGAGCCUGCCCUUCAUCAACCCCAGCUCCCUGGAGACCCUCCGAGCUCUGGUGCAGGAGAUCCAGAACAGUGGAGAGACGGACCCAGAGAUGUGGAAGGACUGUGAGGGGCGAUGGCUGCAUCUGUUCCAGCUGGUCGAGAAGCAAUACCAAGAGCAAAUACUUGCUCAGCAAGGACAAUACCAGUGCCAAAUACAGUUGAUUCAGGACGAGAUCAAAGCUCUGGUUCAACUCCAGAACCGCCAGCCCCACUCAGAGUUCUCCCCCACUUCUGCCACCAACACCACCAUCACCCACGCCGUCGCCACCCCCACCCCCACCCCCACCAAGGACCUCAAGCUGACUCUCGCCUCCGACCCCCAGCCCGCCCCCUCGGCACACCCGCCCCACGGGAGGACCGUCUCCCAGGGCCCGGGCCCGGCCCCCCUCCCCCAGAGAUCGGGGGGGGGCACGGAGGCUGUCACCCCGGCGGCGUCCUUCCAGGAGCGGCCCGUCACCGUGCUGAGCAGCGGAUACGGGACCCUGAGUGCCUGGGAGACAGGGCCCCACCAGACCAGCAGGGGCCCGGGGGGGGGGCAGGAGGAGGAGCAGGAGGUGGAGCAGGAGGUGGAGGUGGAGGAUGGCUGUGGGGGGAACCAGCAGCGGGGAGAGAUGGAGAAAGGGGAGCACCGCUGGUCCUCCUCCCUCCAGGGAGACGGCGCAGAGCGGAGCGCGCCGGUGUGCCACCGGGGUUCAUCCAAUCACGGACGGACGUAUUCCCAAGCUAAAGAACCUGGUCCGUCGUCAUGCCAACAGCCGCAGCACGGCGGCACCAACCAGCACUUGACCUCCUGGGCAAAGCAGCAGAAACUGAGGCCCAGGAAGGACAAGACAGGAACGGCCUCCUCCCAGGGCCAGGAGUCCCAGGAGCCCCCAGAGAGCCCCAGAGAAAGCCCCAGAGACGGCCUGUCAGAGCACAUCCCCCUCCAGGACCAGUACCAGCCGGGGGGAGCCUCCACCUCCGUCUUCCCCUUGAGGAGGAGCAACAGCCUGAUGUCCGAGUCCUCAGGGCUGACCUACUGGCGUCUCAAUGAGUGUGACCUGUACCACCCGCUCCCAGACAGCCUGGACAGCGGGGCGUUCCUCUUCCUGCAGGAGGACACCAGUGCUACCCCCCCACCAGAGACCCAGUUGUCCCUGAAGGAGAUCUAUCGGAGCAAGCAGAAAGCUGCAUUAAAAUGUACAGACUGGGAUGGUUCACAGUCUUCUGGUCCUUUGUCACCCCAGGCGGGCGGGGCCUCGGACCCAGCCGCCCUCACGCGACAGUCGGACCGGACCUCGGGCUUCACCUCGCCCUCCCACUUCAGCAGCCCCUCCUACCAGAACCAAACGCACCCCCCGGGCCAGCGGGGUCCCGGGACGCCCGCCACGCCCGACAGCAUGGCCGGCCUGGGGAACCUGUCGGGCCCGUCCAGCACCUCCAGCGGCCUCCAGUCCGUCCCCGCGACGCCUCCCCCCUACACGGUGCAGGGCUCCUGGGGAAGCCCGGCCGGCCCCGGCCCCCCUGCCUCCGGGGGCAAGGCCCCGCCCGCUUUCUUCCUGAGCGGGCGACAGAGCGGCCACCGAGCCAGCGAGGAGGAGGAGGGCAGCCACACGCACACCCACACCAGCACCCUGAAGCCAGGCUCCGCCUCCACGGAGAGCCCCCUGGGGCCCCUGGGGCCCCCGGGGCCCCGUGCGGACAGGGCGUCGCCGCUGGACGACCCCGUCGUGCUGUCACUUCUGAGGCAGAACCUGAGAGAGAAACACGCCCGCCAUGUGGCCGACCUGAAGGCCUACUACGAGUCUGAGAUCCAGAGCCUCAGGGACAAACUGGGCCUUGCACAGCUGCCCCCAGACCUUGAGAAGAGCAACCGCGCUCUGGAACUAAGAUGUAAUCAACUUGAGAAGGCACUUUCCGAAGCAAACCAUCGCAUCCAUGAGGUGGAGGCCAGUAACCACUACCUGGAGAAGAAACUGGCUGAUUGGCCGGAGAGGUACGCGGUGGCCGCCGCCACGGUGGCGUCCCUCCAGCAGCGUCUGGAGGACAGCAAGCGCUGGGGCGGCGAGAAGGACGCCCUGGCCUCCCGCCUCAAGGCCCGCGUGCGGCAGCUGGAGGAGUCCCUGCAGACCGCCGUCAGGGAGAAGGAGGAGAAGGAGGCGCAGAGGGAGCGCGAGUACAAGAUGCUGCAGGAUAUGCUUGGGGAGUAUGACAUGCUGAGGAAGGACUACGACGGAGCAAAGGACAACCUUUUGGGAACAGAGAACAAGCUUGUGGACUCCCAUGAGCAGAUAUCUGAACUGAACAGGGCGAUCAGUAAACUGGAGUCUCAGGUGAAGCAGCUGGAGCACGAGAACCAAGCCAGGCAAAGGCUGGUCUCCCACGGCAACACACAGCCCUCCGGAGCAGGCCUCUACCACCACCCAGACCUGCUGCUGUCCUCCGGUACCGCCAAGACGGAGAGCAGCCCCUCCCACCGCCGGGCCCCUGCUCCCACCGCCGACCAGCCCACCGGAGGCUGCCCGUCUCCCUUCCCCCAGGCCAGCCAGAGGAGGAGUCCCUGUCCCCAGACCUCCGGCCAGAGAGGGUCCCCCGGUCCCCAGCCCACCCAGCCCAAAAGCCAGAGGAGGUCCUCUCGUCCCCAGACCACCCAGACGACCCCGCCCAACGGCCAUAGGAGGUCCCCGUGUCCCCAGACCGCCCAGAUGACCCCGCCCAGCGGCCAUAGGAGGUCCCCCUGUCCCCAGACCACCCAGAUGACCCCGCCCAGCGGCCAUAGGAGGUCCCCGUGUCCCCAGACCACCCAGACGACCCCGCCCAGCGGCCAUAGGAGGUCCCCCUGUCCCCAGACCGCCCGGCCCAACCAGCCCACCAUCCAGAGGAGUUCCCCCAGUCCCCAGAACGACCCCCCAGCCCUGCCUGGAGGUCCUGCAGAGAGCCCUUCAAAGGGGGCCGGCUGGAGGAGUUUGUCUCUCCCGGAACGUGACCUGUCCCGGCCUCCGUCGCGGCAGCAGCCUCAAGUUCAUCAGGAGCCCAGCGGAGGGGCAUGGGACCUGGGCAGGAGAGAGAGCCAGAGCCCCCUGACCCCCGUGAUGAGGGCCCUGAUGGAGCUGGAGGAGACCAGGGCCACACAGAGCCGGGCCCCCUGGGUGGACAACCCGAGGUCCACUAUGGGCUUCAUGGAGCGACGGCACAAAGAGCCCGUCCAGGACUGGGUCUUUGGGCGCCCCGAAGACAACCUUGACAUCUCUAAAGCCCGGACCGGAUUCGUCCACGUAGCGGAGCGGGACGGCUCAGGAUCCGGAUCUGGAUCCGGAUCUGGAGCCACUCUUGCCGGAGCCGAAAGGGCGGCGGCGCUGCUCAGAGCCCAGAGGAGUCUGUCUCCGGAGGGGCACCGGUCCUCGUCCCUCCCCCCAGCGGCCCAGCGUACCGCGCCCCCCCCGUCCACGCCCACGAAGAGAGAGACCCUGCUCCUCCCACGCUCGGCCAUGUCCAGCCCCAAGCGCUGUCCCACCGAGAACUACUCCACCGCCUUCAGCCACAUGUUGCCACGGCAACAGCACCUGCAGGACAGGCUGGAUGGCGAGCAGGACCCCAGACGCCACUCCUUCCACAACUCCAGUCCCAGACAGAGACUGCAGUUCUCAGAACCAAAUGAACCGGAUGGGCAAGGGUCCCCUGGCAGCGCGCACCCCACCGCGGGAGCCUCUCAGCUGGGCUGGGAGGAGGCGGGGCGCCCCGCUCUGCUGGAGGUCCCUGGCGGCUCGUCUCCUCUGCAGGACAGAGUGCACACACUGGCCGAGGCGGAGCGGCUGUUCGAUGAGCUGACGCAAGAGAAGCUGCAGAUUGAAGCAGCCCUGAGCAGACUACCAGGAUCAGGCGGUAGAGUGAGUUUGCAGAACCGCUUAGAUGAGGUGGCCUUAGAGAAACGUCUGGAGACGUUGAAUCGGGAUCUGGGAUCCAUUCGUAUGACUCUGAAGAGGUUCCACGUCCUCCGCUCCUCUGCCAACAACUAGCAAUGUCUUGUUUUUAAAAUGCCAUCCUGAAGAGAGGGCAUUUUAGUGACUUGGUUUUUAUAUGCACCACUGAUUGUCUUUCUUUUACUUGACGUAUUUUAGUCCACGUGUAAAAAAAACAUCCAUGGGAUAUUUUGUACGAUUUAUUUACUCUGGGAAAAUGUUUUUAUAUGUUGGAAAGACCUCACAACUUUUCGGAGUAUAUUUUGGUAAUGCAAAGAUUUAUAAAGCCUUUUACUUUUUUAGAUAAAAAUUAUAAUAUUAUAUAAGUCAAUUUCCAUGUUCAGGUUAAUGUGGGUUUUUGAAUCUGAUAUUUUAAUGUAAAUUUGAUGACCAUCCAUAGAAGGAAAGUUUCACUGCCAUUUCGUAUUUCUGUUUGAGCUUGUUUUUAAAGUACAUUUUCACUUGACAUUGUUUUUACCUGAGCCCAGUCGAUUUCUGGUGGAUUUUAAUCUUAAUCUUGAAAUUACACGAUUUGAACGAAACUCUUAGCCUUUAUUAAAUGGCAUUUGAAUUGCUUUUUUCCUACUGUAAGAUGUUAAUGCCUGAUUAUAAACUGCUUGUGAAAUCCAAACCAGCAAUAUUGUCAACAAACUGAAAUACCCUUCUCACAAUGCUUAUGUAUGGCACUUUCAAUUUAUUUAGUCAUUCCAUCUCAACCUGUCUGCAAUGACCUCACUGAUAUGAAUCCCACUGGAACUGUUCUUAUUGCACAAUUAAAAAAUAAGCUUUUUGAUA